AUGGCGAACGCCAAGUCUCUCGCCGCAGUGCUAGUGCUGGCCGUCCUCGCCCUGCUGCAGCUGAUGGUCUGCGCCCGCCACUCGCCGGCCGUGUCGGCGCACACCCCGGCCGUGAUGACGUUGAACGGGUUCGAGCGCGGGGGCAGCGGCGGCGGGGCGGCGGAGUGCGACGGCCACUUCCACAGCGACGGCGAGAGGAUCGUGGCGCUGUCCAGCGGGUGGCUCCGGCUGGACGGCACGCGGCGGUGCAACCGGAGGAUCCGCAUCACGAGCCGCGGCGGGCGCUCCGUGGUGGCCAAGGUCGUGGACGAGUGUGACUCCUCGCGCGGCUGCGGCGACAACAUCGUCGACUCGUCGGCGGCCGUGUGGAAGGCGCUCGGGCUCGACACCGACGUCGGCAGGGUCCCCGUCACGUGGUCCGAUGCCUGA